AUGUCCGGCAUGAGGGAAGUCAGCCCCUCACGCUAUUGGUAUGUGGGUAGCAGAAGCCGCAGUGCCCCAUCCCAACAUCAUCAGGUAAAGCAGCUCAUUUUUCCAGCAAAGAUUGGCACCUUUUAUAGCCAAAGAAAUCCAAACGCUCCAACGCUUCCCAAACUCCAAACUUUCAUUUCCAUUCCAACUAAGGCCAAUGAGGGGAAAACUCUACCGCUUUGCAAAUACGUAAUUGCUGUUGAGAGCCAACCGGCUAAAAGAAGCACUUUUGGAAUAAUUAAUGGUGACCCACAAUUAAACCCUCUAAUACGCAGCCCAGUGAGGCGCCUCAACACCCAAUUUGGAGCCCAGGAAGCAAAAGCCCAGAUGUACGAUGCGUUAGCAGCAGCCCUGGGACAGGUGCCAGGACUCAGUAGUACUUGUCUCUAUCUACCAGACCAGAGCCAUCGGCAGAAGUUCCAGAAAACCCUAAUCACCAGGUGGGGUGCAAACCCUUUGAAAACCAGUCAGGCUGAAACCAAGCUCUUGGCUGCAUCCUCAAGACCGGAGAAAACAGAAAGGACUGCAAAGGUGUCUAGGGUAUCAACCAUCAGGAGGAUAUUUGAUCUGGCCAAGCAUCGAACAAAAAGAUCAUCUCUUCUUCCAAACGGGGUUAAGGUCUGUCCACAGGAGUCGAUGAAACAGGUUUUAGCCAGUCAUCAGGCUUAUUACCGAUUCAGAGUCUGCCAGGAAGCCGUAUGGGAAGCUUAUCGAAUCUUUCUGGACCGCAUUCCUGACAGCAGUGAAUACCAGAGUUGGUUGAGUGCCUGCCAGCGGGAUACCUUCUGUAUAUUUGAUAUUGGAAAAAACUUCAGCCGCUCUCUGGAGCACCUGGAAUUGAUUCAACAGCGGGUCAAACAGAGAAACUUCCCUGAGAGAAAAGAUGAAAAGGCUACAGAGAAGACAUCAGGGGAAAAUUCUGAAGAAACUGUCAUGCUUCCCACAGUUUUCACAGGUAUCAUCAGCUCUCCUGCACCUCCAUUUCCAUCUGCUCCUAAUGGCACCCUUCUCAACGAAAUCAUCGAUGAACCAAAUAAGCCUUCAAAGGAAACCGGAGUCACGAAUGUGGUGUCGGAGGCGGUAGCGGAGCAGGUGAUAGAAUUCAGUGUCAUCCUUUCGAAUGAGGAGUUCACGGAAGCACUAGAAGAUCUGAACUCUUCACAGUAUCGGGAACUCACAGAAAAACUACAAAUCCAGAUGCAAACAAUAUUUGAAAAAAUUCCAAGUUUCAAAGAAAUUCGUGUGAUGGGAUUUAGACAGAAGAAAGAAAGAGACGGUCGGAGUAGCACGGUCGUGCGCCAUGCAGUGGUCUUUGCAAGGGAGAGCUCAGAAAGAGGGAAGAUUGGAAAGGAUCCCACGCCCAUUGGCUCCAACCAAGUGGAAAGCCAAAGGAGUCCCCCUGGGGUCAAGGAGGACGACGAGGAUCCGGUCAUUAAGCUCACCGAGGCGGAUCUCCAGCAGCUGAUCUCCAUGGCGCUAGAGGAAGAAAAGGCUCAGACGCUGGAUUUGGGAACAAUUGAGUUUAUCGAAGAAACUGAGAAAGCAUCCGAGGUCUUGGAAAAGGAUAUCCCGUCCGUGAUGCCUGGUACUUCUGCUAUCCCUAAACUGGAAAUUACUCCACGGGCGGAACGCCCCGGUUCUGGAUUGUUCGAACCAAUGGGGCCCAGUUUGCCCAGUGAAUUCACCGCAAUCACCUCAGGGCUAGGAGGUGACACCUACCUCGCCGAAGCCAAUUUUGAGGUUCCCGCCAAAACAGCUGACCACGCCGUCAUGGAGGCAACCCAGGAUCCCUCCGGACCGACUCUUCCAGGUGAAACUGCAAGUUCUCUCCCUAAAGAUCAGCAGUCGGCGCCGCCUCUAGAGCCACUCUUUGGGAAGGAAACCAGAGUAGAGGAUGCUUCCCCUGAGCUGCGUCUCACAGCAGCGUCUGGCCCCAUGCCUCUCUGGGAAGACGAGAAAAACAUGGUGGAAAACACGGUAUUCUCAACAGCUAAGACCAUGCUGGACGUAGGACAAGAUAUGUCAGAAUCAUCAGGGGAUUUAUCCGUAUCGACAGAAAGUGCUUCGUCCCCAGUUGACUUGGACGAUCACGCCCUAGCAAAGAUUUUACCUUUCUUUACUGGAUCAAGUGACUUCGCUCUACCCGUGGCUUCCAGCCUGGUUCCCGUCAGGGAGAUAACCUUCUCCCCAGUACUGACCAUCCCAGGCUCUGAUGAUUCCGUUAGUCCUCCAUCGGCUUUGGAAAUCCCAAAUUACGAGCCUACUGUUGAUGGCAGCAUUGCCAUAGUAACCCCGGAUGUCUCAGGAGAGGUCAAGGUUAUCGAUACCAGCUCAGAGGAUGGGCUCGGGGAAUUCAAGUCCACGUAUUUAGCGGAGAUUACGCCUGCACCGGCUUUGAAACAUCCAACCACCGGCUCCGUGACCACGGCCAUUGAAGGCAAAGAACUCGUGGUAUUCUUCAGCCUGCGUGUCACCAAUGUACCCUUUUCCAAUGACCUCUUCAAUAGGAGUUCUGAAGAAUAUCGAACCUUGGAACAGCGAUUCAUUCAGCUGCUGCUCCCGUAUCUCCAAUCCAACCUGACCGGAUUUAAGCAACUGGAAAUCCUCAACUUCAGGAACGGCAGUGUGAUCGUGAACAGCAAACUGAGGUUGGCUCAGUCGGUGUCGUACAACAUCACCGAGGCCGUGCACUGCGUUCUGGAAGAUUUUCGCUCUGCGGCCGCACGGCACCUCAACCUGGAAAUAGAUAGCCAUUCUCUGGAUAUUGAACCGGGGGAUCAGGCAGAUCCGUGCAAAUUCCUGGCGUGUGAUGAUGAAUUCUCCCAAUGCGUGAAGAACGAAUGGACGAGCGAGGCGGGUUGCUUUUGCAAACCCGGUUACGUGAGUCGCGACGGACUCCCCUGCCAGAGUCUGUGCGAGAUGGCCCCCGGCCUGUGCGUGAAUGGUGGAAAAUGUGAAUUAAUUCCGGGGAAGGGGGCUGUCUGCAGGUUCCCAGAUGAUUCUACCAAAUCCACUGUGAUAAGUUAGUGUCAGAAAUUCAGUACUUCCAGCAUUAACAAGAAGUCAUCAAGGUUUUCAGGAAAACAACUGCGGUAUUUCAAAAACAGCAUGAGUUCCCAGCCAUGAAUCAGCUGGGCUAAGGAUAGGAGAGAUGAAGAAGGCCUUGAGGUUUUAGGAAAGUGUUUCCCACUCCACCGUGAUAAUGAACAAAGUAUACAAGUCUUCUUGCUAAGGGUUUCCUGAAAUUCAGAGAGCAGUUUGCAUUUCAUUCUCCAUCUUAACCAUUCCACUGAUGGGCUGAAGGAGCUUGGACUUGCCAGAACAAAACCUUUGUAAUUUAGCAUAAAUAUUAAGAUGAGAUUCUAAUUACAGAAUUAGAAAAUAGGUGUGUUAUUCGGUUCAUCACUAGGACAUCUGCAUUUUUACCAACACCAUAUGUACGCAUUGGGAAUUAGUUUCUCAAUCAAAAAUUAAUGUUCAAGCAAUCCUUUCUACCAUUAACAUUAGAUGUGUUAGCUAAGUUUUGGGAUGCUUACUAAAAAUAAAAGCCACUGGAACGAUCCUGACCUUUAUCAAAGACAUGCUAUUUGUCCUGUUUGUGUUCACCUUAAUGCUGUAGUAUUUUCCGAAGCAUAAUCUGAUUGCUGUACUUAAAUGUCACUAUGCAGUACAUUUCUUUUUUCCAUCAGAAAUGAGUGAAUGUUUAUUUUUUUUUUUGAAGUAGUAGCAUUAUCAAGAGCCAACAGAAUAUUUACAGCGUACUAAAGCAGGGGAACAACAGAAUAACGAAGUGUCAUGUUUCUUACUCUCAAGGAACUUAUGCUCUAAAGGGGAGGACAAAAUGAAAGAGAAAAUUACGGAGAGGCAUUCACAUAACGUAUAAUAUUUUUGGAUGGGUUUAGACCUCAGCUGAGCUCAGUCACUGCUA